GACAUGAAGGACUUCCUGUUUCUUACACUCCUCCUGAUGCCCGUGCACGCUGGAGCUGCUUGGAGUGCGAAAUACGCAGUAGAUUGUCCCGAGCCCUGUGACAGUCACGCAUGCAAAAGUACCUUGCGCUGUAAGCGAACGGUGCUGGAUGACUGUGGCUGCUGCAGAGUGUGUGCAGCUGCGGUGGGGGAGACUUGCUAUCGUACGGUCUCGGGUAUGGAUGGUGUCAAGUGUGGUCCUGGGCUGAAGUGCCAGUUUUACACUGAGGAGGAUGACUUUGGUGAUGAAUUUGGUAUCUGCAAAGAGUGUCCCUAUGGUACCUACGGAACAGAAUGCAGGAAAACCUGCAACUGUCCCUCUGGCAUCUGUGACAGAGUGACUGGGAAGUGUCUGAAGUUCCCGUUUUUCCAGCUGUCUGCUUCAAAGCCUCCGAAUCGACGAAAAGUCGUUUCACAGCCAGAAACCGACUUGGCAUCAGGGGAUGGCAACGCCGUGAAAGAGGAAUUCACCAAGGAGAAGCCUCUCCGCCCGCCAGUAAUGAAGUGGCUGAAUCCUCGCUGA